AAUAUUUCAAUAAAACAUCGACAUGUUGGGUGGAUGUGUCAGCUAUCAAGGAUCUUGUGAAAACAUUGCCGACUACGCCAAGAUCUACACCGAUUGGGCCAACUAUUAUCUGGAACGUGCCAAAUCAAAGAAAAAAGUCACAGACUUAUCUGCUGACUGUCGAGAUGGCUUACUACUGGCCGAGGUGAUUGAGGCGGUAACUUCAUUCAAAGUGCCGGAUCUCCACAAGAAACCCAAAAACCAACAGCAAAUGUACGACAACGUCAAUUCUUGUCUUAAUGUUUUACGUUCACAAACGGUUUCCGGCUUAGAUAAUAUUACCACCAGCGACAUCUGCUGCGGUCGCUUGAAAGCAGUCUUGGCAUUAUUUUUCGCCCUAAGCCGAUUCAAACAACAAUCGAAGCAGGGAAAACAAAACACCACGUCCGGUUUAUCGAUAAAAGUCGAUAUCCAUCAACAGCCGAAUGCAACAACCGCCACACAGUGCGUGGAGAAGACAACACCGUCGACGAACUCAACGUCCACCAUACAAAACAUACAGAACGGAAAUGACAGCAUGGUGAAUAGACAAAUUCCACAAGCUUAUACCAAAGCCAAUGGUACCGCCAUACCAUUACCUGCCACAGUUAUGGUGCAAAGACGUUGUCCUCCGGACAAAGUAAGACCUCUGCCGCCAACCCCGAACCACGCACCAUCAAUUCCAGGCUUAGGAAAAAGUGGCAGCGAGUUCAAAAACUCCCGUCCAAAUAGUCCACCGUCUAACAACCACACUAUCCAAAAUCUGAAAAGUGGCAAUAAUAAUGAACUUAGGCAACCUUCAAUUAAAUCGGGAAUACCAGCCCCUGGCUCCACACUGCCCACCGUCAAUGGCCAACAGAAGCACUCAAUGUUGGACAAGCUUAAACUCUUCAACAAGGACAAGCAGCCGCAAAGUCAGCAACAUGGCCCGCUUAUCAACUCAACAAACAAAAACCAACUGCAAUCUAAAAGGACAUCUUCAUCGUCGGGGUUUUCGUCGGCACGCUCUGAGCGUUCUGAUUCGAGUUUAAGUCUUAACGAUAGCCACGUCUCACAAAUAAAACCGCCUGCCGUGUCAGCAACGGCAACCAAUAAAAUCAGGGAAACCAAGACCAAUGCCAAACAGUCCAAGCUCCUGCAGGCUCAAGGCAAGAAAGACCAGGUGAAAAAUGUAUCCAAAGCCGAUAAGAAAGAGAAAAGUCCUGCAAGAUCGUUAAACAAGGAAGACAAUGGCGUGGAAAGCAAGACUUCAACAUUGAAUCGCAACAAGAAUUCUUUACCCCGUGGCAAAGAUUCGUCCCUGAAGCCCAAUUCAAAAUCAAAUUUGACCUGUAAAUCUGAAUCAAAAACUUCGCUUAUUAUACCACCCUCCAAACCCAUUCACAGCCCCAAUAGUAGUAUAGGCGGUCUUCCGAAACCCAUUGCAGCCAUUAAGGGCACCAGUAAAUUACCUCAAUCUCCUCUGCAAAAUGACAAUAAAGGUCGUACGGGCAACACCAGCUCUACACAGGAAAUGUUAAAGCGGCAGAAGAGCGACAUAUCAUCCGUAUCGAACAUAUCACAGCCACAAAUUCCUAGCAAUCACCAGCAACAACCACCGACACAUAUCGUCAAACCAGUAUCCAUGACCGAACUACAUCAAAACCAACAACAACGAUCACCAUAUUAUGCGAAUCCUCAACACUUGCAACAGCAGGGAGUAAUUCAACAGCAGCAGCAGCAACAGUAUCCACCUUCGUAUCCUAUCCAGGACCCGACGUACAGUCGUUUGCCACCCCCUAAACCUAGUGCCAUAGGCACGCCAACCUCGCUACGUAAAUUAGAAUACAAUUCUGGUCCGGGUGUAUUACAGCCACAACAACAUUCUCCCCUCAGAUCCGUGACACCAGCAGUCACUCAUUCGCAGCCUGCUACACCCACUUCGCAACAAUCGCCCCUUACUAAUGGCGGUGCGCCCAACAAAUAUCACACAAUUCCCUCAAAAAUUGUGGGCACCAUAUACGAAGAGGACAAGCCUGUCAGUGUGAUACCUAUGCGACCUCUACUACGGGGCUAUAAUUCACAUGUUACCCUACCAACACGCGGUGCUCGAGGCACCCACAAUUUUAUUUCGGAAUUCUGUGAAAAUGACAUCAACCAGGGCUAUUGUAGUGAUGGCGAUUCGCUACGCUUCAGUAAUUCCAGAUUGGGACAUGGUUCCCCACUGCAAGGCUCAUCUCGAUUUCAUGACAUUGAUAACGGCUAUUUGUCGGAAGGCAGCAGUGGCACAGGCCUCAACCACAAUGGACACCCCACAUCACAUGGCAAACAUUUUCUAAGUAUGAUGCGAGCCCGUAGCCAGUUGCCCACCACCAUUGAAGAGAGAAUUCGAAGCAGUCGUGGCAGUCUAGACAGUUUAGGCACAGGUGCCCCCUCCUCGGCAGCAUCACAAGCCAGUUCUAGUGGUGGAUCGAACACCAAAAUGGAUAUUACAAAUAGUUCAGCCAACAAUAGUGCCAACAGUAGUCCCCAACACCAUCACAGUAAUAGUCCUUCCCACCGCCCAUCAUCUAGGAAUGGCAAUAAUUGGUCAAAAAUGCCCGAAGCAUUGAAUGGACAAAAAACUGAACACAAGGAAAAAUCUUCUCCUUCCAGACGUAGCGUUGGAAAUUCAUCUUCCAAACAAAGUUCAUCCUCCUCUAGUCGCACUAAAGGAGUUCCACCCAGCUUUGGCUACGUCAAACGUUCCAAUGGGACUGCCACUUCUACCGCAGAGCAACAAAAUAUUGCCAUGAUGAUGAAUGCAAUGGGUAAUUGUAGCCCCCAAAAUGGACGCAGUACAGCCCAUGUUUCGGCAGUGCCAAGAACUGGAGCCCCUGGUGGGCGUAAAAUGUCGGGAGGAGCUCAAACUCUACCACAUGACGUGUCAAAAAUGCCGCCCACAACACAACACCGCAGUUAUUCUCUAACAGGGCCGGGAGCCACACAACUCAGUCAAUGUAUCCGUGAACGUCUUGCUGGCUCGCAUAGCCUGCCCAAACCUGGUUCGGACAUGCAUGUCUUUCAACAUAGGUUAUCCAAUCGAUCAGGCAAAAUGUUGGAUGGCUCAUUAUCCGACACCCAAACAUAUGCUGAAGUCAAACCCGAGUAUAGCAGCUACGCCAUGUGGUUAAAGCAUAGCAAUACGGCGGGAAGUCGUCUAUCUGAUGGCGAUUCUUUGGAAAAUAUGCACAUUGCCUCGCCAUCCAUGUCCAGGCACAAUCAAAAGUUGAUGCAACAACGAGCCGCCGCAGCUGCAGCAGGAAAUGCGACCGCAAAUACGGCUACAAUGGCUGGUACAGAGUCCCCGUAUGUGCAGAGUCCACGUCUGAACCGCAGUAAUAGCAUAAGAUCUACUAAAUCCGAACAAAUGUAUCCACCUAUGAUUUCAAGAGGGUCCGAAGUUGAAAUAGAACCAUAUUAUUGCCUACCAGUGGGUGCAACCCACAAUGGAGUAAUUUCAGCUCAAAUGGCUGCAGCUGCGGCUGCGGCUGCCGCUAAUGCUCAAUCAUCCGCAGCUUCCGGAAAUACAGUUACGUGGAGUCAACCAACAUCGCCCACUCCCGUUAAUCGUGGAUUUGCUGGUCCGAUGUCACCCACACACUGCAAUGCUGCGGCCAUGUCGAAUAUGAGUGGAGCAGCGGGUCACCGACUAACAAAUCCCAAGAAGAAUGACGAAGUUCACGGCAGUGCAGCUUCAUUACUGUCUGGAGGCAGCUCGUUAUAUGGAACUUCAGAAGAGAGACAAGCUCACGAAAUACGUCGGCUAAAACGAGAGCUAAUGGAAGCCCGAGAACAAGUCCUGAGUCUUAGCAGUCAGCUGUCAACAAAUGCUCAUGUUGUUAAUGCUUUCGAGCAGUCGCUUUCCAAUAUGACGUCACGGUUACAACAUUUGACGGCCACAGCAGAACGUAAGGACGGCGAAUUAACGGAUAUGCGACAAACCAUUGAACUCUUGCGCAAACAAUCAAUACAGGCCGGCCUAACCACUGCGCACAUGCAAAGCAUGGGUGUUCAAACGCAAAGCCAGACCCAAAACGAUUUGCUUAGUCAGAAGCCACCGCCAUUGCCGUCUUCAGUACCGGGUCAGCAUAUGUCGCGUGCAACACAACACAAUUUGCAACAGCAAUCGGCUUCAUACGCUCAAACAGGUGCCAUACAAAGACAUCACAGUUCGGACUCCAUGUGUUCCGUCAAUUCCAUUGGGUCAUCGUGUUCCGCACAGGACAAGAAACAAAAGAAAAAAGGCUGGCUUCGAAGUUCAUUCACAAAAGCCUUUUCACGUAAUGCCAAAAUAUCCAAAACUAGUCGCCACGUUGGUAACCCGCAUGUUCAGCAAACCAACAGUCAGACGAUAAAUUCCAGUGACAAUAAUUCUCCAGUUAUAUCCGCGCAGAACAAAACAAAUGGGCAUUCGCAUGGUGAGGCUCAAGGUCUCUCAGCUUUAGCAACACACCAUCCUCCUCCAUUGCCCACAUCACCCCCAAACUCGUGUCCAGCUAAAACGGUUACACUCAUAGACAACGCGAAGCCCAUAGAUGCCAUCGAUCAUGAGGACACUAAUCAUGUGGUAGAGGAUUUAAAAAAACAACUUAGAGAGAAGGAUUUAGUUUUGACCGAUAUUCGUUUAGAAGCUUUAAGUUCUGCCUCCCAAUUGGAGAGUCUUAAGGAAACAGUUAACAAAAUGAGAGCUGAAAUGAUGUCGCUCAAACAGAACAAUGAAAGACUGCAAAAAAUGGUCACCAGUCGUUCCUUGGCUGGAUCGGAGGCUUCCUUAGGCAAUGCUAUCAGUCCCAACGGAUCCAUAGGUGAGCCUAGGCGUUAUUCAUUAGCAGAUGGUAAUACUCGACCUCCAAUGGAAUUACCGAAACGUUUGGAAGAGGAAACCGAAGAAGAUAAUACACCACCAGCACCGGCACCAGAACCACCACCACCUCCGCUAUCACCAACAACCCACAUUGACUUGACACCUCCUCCGCCUGCUCUCGACACAAUACCCAGUCCUGCCCAUGUGCCCACAACUACGGAAGAAAUGCCGGAUAUAAAUGAUGGUAAAAAGAUUGCUAUAGCCUGUUACCUCGGCCAACCAGAAUCGUUUGUCAAGUACUGUGAAGAAAUGUUGGAGGUUGAUGACUUUUAUGCCAAUAGUUCUAUGAUAGGAAGCAAUUUAGCCGAGAAUGGAGAGCGUAAAUCAUUUCCCAUAACUACUCCAAACGAAUUUGUCAUUGCAUAUACAUAUAUAUCAGGCAAGACUUCGUGGCAAAAUCUAGACUAUAUAGUUAGAAAGACAUUUAAGGAUUACGUGUCACGAGUUGAUCCUGGAACUAAUUUGGGCCUGAACACAGACUCCAUAACAUCUUACCACUUAGGUGAAGCCAAGCGAGGUCCUGAAAUGGGAUUCCCGGAAUUGUUACCAUGUGGUUACAUAGUCGGCAAUGUUAGAACUUUGUACAUAUGCCUUCAGGGAGUAGGAAGCUUAGCUUUCGAUAGCCUUAUACCACGCAGUAUUGUCCACCGCUACAUUAGUUUAUUAACAGAACACCGUCGACUGAUUCUGUGUGGCCCCAGUGGUACCGGUAAGUCCUAUCUAGCCAGACGUUUGGCCGAAUUUUUGGUGGCAAGAUCAGGAAAGGGGAAUCCAUCCGAGGCUAUUGCUACAUUUAAUGUGGACCAUAAAUCAUCAAAGGAACUAAGACAGUACUUAGGUCAUGUGGCAGAACAAGCAGCCAUAGCGAAUAGAGCAUCUGAAUUACCAUCGGUAAUAAUAUUGGAUAAUUUGCAUCAUGCUUCGGCACUGGGUGAUGUAUUCUCAUGCUUAUUAAGUGCGGGACCUGCUGCCAAGUUACCUUGUAUAAUUGGAACUAUGUCUCAGGCAACAUGUAAUACGACAAACUUGCAGCUACACCACAAUUUCCGAUGGGUUUUGACGGCCAAUCAUAUGGAACCAGUUAAAGGAUUUUUGGGGCGAUUUUUGCGACGACGUUUAUUCCAAUUAGAGUUGCAAACUCAACAUCCACAACCUGAGUUAGCCGCUGUACUAGCAUGGCUGCCCACGGUUUGGCAGCAUAUCAACCGCUUCUUAGAAGCCCACAGCUCUAGUGAUGUCACCAUUGGACCCCGCCUAUUUUUGGGAUGUCCCUUGGAUUUGAAGGAGUCUCAAGUUUGGUUCACUGACAUUUGGAAUUACCACUUGUCCCCCUAUUUAAUUGAAGCUGUCAGAGAAGGUGUGCAACUUUACGGGCGCCGCGGUGGAGCCUGGAAUGAUCCAUCAGCAUUUAUACGUAAUUCCUAUCCCUGGCCUUACGGGCCUGAUUCUGUCCCACCCCUGAGGCAAAUCAAUGCCGAAGAUGUUGGUUUAGAAGGUGUGGCAGCCGGCAGUUGCGACAAUCAAGAUCCAUUAUUAAACAUGCUAAUGCGUUUACAGGAAGCGGCUAACUAUUCUGAAAAUCAAGAUCAGGAAUCGGACUGCGCCAGUCUGGACUCCAACAUAACACCAGAUAGUUCGGCUGGUGCUGAUUGAGAACAGU